AAGCCACCUAGCUCCCAUUCUGAGUCUUUACCUUCCAUUCACCAGAAGGUCCAGAACUCUACCCUAUUUUCCAUUUUGGCCCCCAACAUCCCUCUCUCCAUCUCUCACACGGUUGUGCCACCAACUAACAAAACAAUGAGGCUUACCUCGGCAAUCUGCACCGGCUCACCAAACGAUUGUCCAGGACACAACCAGUGAUCCAGAGAUUCCUCCUCCAAAUACACAUUUUGCUGCUUCUCACAACCCAGAUGGUGAAAUGCCCUUCUUCACAAUAGAAUACGAUCGCUUAGCUCAACAACAACAGCAACAACACCGACUCACUGUUCUCAAUCGCUUCCAUCGCCCAUAUGCCAAAUUCAAUAAUGGGUGUGUCUCUUUUGCUCAACAAAAUCCCAGCGUUAUCAUCAGCAGCACAAUCGUCCAAUAUCCUUUUAAGUGCUAUUAAAGGUUUGCCCAUAUUGGAACUCUCCUCAAUUUGCAUCAAUUUGACACUCUUUCUCGUGUUCCUCUUCAUCGUCUCGGCAAGGCAGAUAUUUGUGUGUGUUGGUAGGAUAAGAAUUAUUAAGGACGAUUCAGCUGCGAAUGCGAACCCAAUUCGGCAUAGUAUCGACGGAGAAAUCCGCGAUGUUAAUAUUGGUGCGGGGUAUAAAGCUACAGUCUUUUGUUGUUUCUAUGUGUUGUUUGUGCAAGUUUUUCUAUUGGGGUUCGAUGGAGUCGGUUUGAUAAGAGAGAGCAUUAACGGGAAGUUUGUGUAUUGGUCUGGCCUAUUAUUGCCAGCUGCACAAAGUUUAGCUUGGUUCGUGUUGAGCUUUUCAGCUCUGCAUUGUAAAUUCAAGGUGUCUGAGAAAUUCCCGUUGUUGUUGAGGGUGUGGUGGGUUGUGUCAUUUUCAAUUUGUGUGUGUACUCUCUAUGCCGACGGGAGAGAAUUCUCCGUUGAAGGUUCAAAGCACUUGUGUUCUCGUGUUGUGGCAAAUUUUGCUGUGACACCUGCACUUGCUUUCCUUUGCUUUGUUGCAAUUAGGGGUGUUACCGGCAUACAAGUUUGUAGGAACUCUGAUCUUCAAGAACCUUUGCUUGUCGAAGAAGAAGCAGGGUGUCUUAAGGUUACCCCUUAUAGUGAUGCGGGGCUUUUUACCUUGGUCACACUCUCUUGGCUGAACCCACUUCUUUCAAUUGGUGCAAAGAGACCCCUUGAGCUUAAGGAUAUUCCCCUUCUUGCACCAAAAGAUAGAGCCAAGACCAAUUAUAAGGUUUUGAAGUCGAAUUGGGAGAAAUUGAAGGCUGAAACCCCAUCAAAGCAGCCUUCUUUAGCUUGGGCACUUCUCAAGUCAUUUUGGAAAGAAGCAGCUUGUAAUGGUAUAUUUGCCGGUUUGAGUACUCUUGUUUCAUAUGUGGGGCCGUACAUGAUUAGCUACUUUGUCGAUUACUUGGGGGGGAAAAAGACUUUCCCCCAUGAGGGGUAUAUUCUUGCCGGAAUAUUCUUUUCAGCAAAGCUCGUGGAGACAUUAACAACCAGGCAGUGGUAUGUUGGGGUAGACAUUUUGGGUAUGCAUGUGAGAUCUGCUUUAACAGCAAUGGUGUAUCAAAAGGGGCUCAAGCUCUCGAGCUUGGCGAAGCAAAGUCACACCAGUGGAGAAAUUGUUAACUACAUGGCACUUGAUGUACAGAGAGUGGGGGACUACUCUUGGUACCUCCACGAUAUAUGGAUGCUUCCUCUGCAAAUAAUUCUUGCCCUUGCAAUUUUGUAUAAGAAUGUUGGAAUUGCUUCAGUUGCAACAUUGGUUGCCACAAUUAUCUCCAUUGUCGUUACUGUUCCUGUGGCAAAGAUACAAGAAGAUUUUCAGGACAAGUUAAUGGCUGCGAAGGAUGAAAGAAUGAGGAAAACGUCCGAAUGUCUAAGGAACAUGAGGAUUCUCAAAUUGCAAGCUUGGGAAGACAGGUAUCGAGUUAAGUUGGAGGAUAUGCGUGGUGUGGAGUUCAAGUGGCUACAGAAAGCCCUUUAUUCUCAAGCUUUUAUUACAUUCAUUUUCUGGAGCUCCCCCAUAUUUGUUUCAGCUGUCACUUUCGGUACUUCUAUUUUGUUGGGAGGUCAGCUCACUGCAGGGAGUGUUCUUUCUGCUCUUGCCACUUUCAGGAUCCUCCAAGAACCACUCAGGAAUUUUCCUGAUUUGGUGUCUAUGAUGGCUCAGACAAAAGUUUCUCUUGAUCGAAUUUCCGGAUUCCUGCAAGAGGAAGAGUUGCAGGAAGAGGCCACCAUUGUCCUGCCGCGAGGCAUUACUAAUGUGACCAUAGAAAUUACAGACGGUGGGUUCAGCUGGGACCCUUCCUCUCCAGCACCAACAUUAUUGGGAAUCGAAAUGAAAGUUGAGAGAGGUAUGCGAGUUGCUGUUUGCGGUAUGGUUGGUUCUGGAAAAUCAAGCUUGCUUUCUUGCAUCCUUGGCGAGAUUCCCAAAAUCUCUGGUGAAGUAAAAGUAUGUGGUACUGCUGCUUAUGUAUCUCAGUCAGCAUGGAUACAGUCCGGAAAUAUAGAAGAGAACAUUCUUUUUGGCAGCCCUAUGGAUAAAGCAAAGUAUAAAAAUGUUUUACAUGCUUGUUCACUGAAAAAGGAUUUGGAACUUUUUUCACAUGGAGAUCAGACUAUUAUUGGUGAUAGAGGUAUAAAUUUGAGUGGUGGCCAGAAACAAAGAGUGCAGCUUGCCAGAGCACUGUAUCAAGAUGCUGAUAUUUAUUUACUGGAUGACCCUUUCAGUGCACUUGAUGCACACACUAGUUCUGAAUUAUUUAAGGAAUACAUAUUGGCAGCACUAGCUAGUAAGACCGUGAUUUUUGUGACCCAUCAAGUUGAAUUACUCCCUGCUGCAGAUCUGAUUCUGGUUCUUAAAGCAGGCCGAAUAAUACAAGCAGGAAAAUAUGAUGAUCUUUUACAAGCUGGAACUGAUUUUAAAACUUUGGUCUCAGCUCACCAUGACGCAAUUGAAGCUAUGGAUAUUCCUUGUCACUCAUCAGAAGAUUCAGAUGAAAGUUCGUCCCUUGAUGGAACACUUAUGCCUAGUAAAACAUGCAUGGCCACUGGAAGUGGUAUUGACAGUUUGGGAAAGGAAGUACAAGAAGUUGUAUCGCCUUCAUGCCAGAAAGCAAUUAAAGAGAAAAAGAAAGCAAAACGCUCAAGGAAAAAGCAGCUUGUUCAGGAAGAGGAAAGGGUAAGAGGAAGGGUCAGCAUGAAAGUGUACUUGUCAUAUAUGGCUGCGGCAUAUAAGGGCUUAUUGAUUCCACUAAUAAUUGUUGCCCAAGCACUGUUUCAGUUCCUUCAAAUUGCUAGUAAUUGGUGGAUGGCUUGGGCUAAUCCCCAAACAGAAGGAGAUCAACCUAAAGUGAGUCCUAUGGUCCUUCUGGGUGUUUAUAUGGCCUUUGCUUUUGGAAGUUCUUGGUUCGUCUUUGUUAGGGCUGCUUUGGUUGCUACAUUUGGUCUAGCAGCUGCACAGAAAUUGUUUCUGAAUAUGCUUAGAAGUGUGUUUCGGGCACCGAUGUCAUUCUUUGAUUCUACGCCAGCUGGACGGAUCUUGAAUCGUGUGUCAGUUGAUCAAAGUGUUGUGGAUCUUGAUAUUCCUUUCAGACUUGGUGGGUUUGCUUCAACAACAAUUCAACUUAUUGGCAUUGUUGGUGUAAUGACUACAGUUACAUGGCAAGUGUUGCUUCUUGUUGUUCCUAUGGCCAUUGCCUGCUUGUGGAUGCAGAAAUACUACAUGGCUUCAUCAAGGGAAUUGGUUCGCAUUGUCAGCAUCCAGAAAUCUCCAAUUAUCAAUCUUUUUGGUGAAUCUAUUGCUGGAGCAGCAACGAUAAGAGGCUUUGGACAAGAAAAAAGAUUCAUCAAGAGGAAUCUUUACCUUCUUGAUUGUUUUGCUCGCCCAUUCUUCUGCAGUCUCGCAGCCAUUGAAUGGCUGUGUCUACGCAUGGAGUUAAUCUCAACCUUUGUAUUUGCUUUCUGCAUGAUUUUGCUCGUUAGCUUUCCACAUGGGACUAUCGAUCCAAGCAUGGCAGGCCUAGCUGUGACAUAUGGCCUUAAUUUGAAUGCACGCCUAUCGCGGUGGAUACUUAGCUUUUGCAAGCUUGAAAACAAAAUAAUUUCCAUAGAGAGGAUGUACCAGUAUAGCCAAAUUCCAGGAGAAGCCCCGCCCAUUGUUGAGGAAUCUCGCCCUCCAUCUUCAUGGCCUGAGAAUGGAACAAUUGAAAUGAUUGAUUUAAAGGUUCGUUACAAAGAGAAUCUUCCUACUGUGCUUCAUGGGAUAACCUGCACAUUUCCAGGUGGGAAGAAUAUUGGAAUUGUUGGGCGAACCGGAAGUGGUAAAUCCACUUUGAUCCAGGCUUUGUUUCGACUAAUUGAACCAGCAGGUGGGAGGAUCCUGAUAGACAAUGUUGAUAUUUCAAAAAUUGGCCUUCAUGACCUUCGCAGCCGUCUUAGUAUCAUACCUCAGGAUCCUACCCUAUUUGAAGGGACCAUCAGAGGCAAUCUUGAUCCCCUUGAAGAGCAUUCAGAUCAUGAAAUUUGGCAGGCACUUGAUAAGUCUCAGCUUGGACAGAUAAUUCGUGAGAAAGAGCUAAAGCUUGAUACACCUGUGCUUGAAAAUGGAGAUAAUUGGAGUGUGGGUCAACGGCAACUUGUUUCCUUAGGUCGGGCUUUGCUUAAGCAGGCAAGAAUACUAGUGCUUGAUGAAGCAACAGCAUCAGUUGAUUCAACCACUGAUAAUAUCAUCCAGAAAAUUAUUCGAACUGAGUUUAAGGGCUGUACUGUAUGCACAAUUGCACAUCGUAUUCCAACUGUUAUUGACAGCGACGCGGUUCUGGUCCUCAGUGAUGGUAGAGUUGCAGAGUUUGAUACUCCAGCUCGACUAUUAGAGGAUAAGUCAUCCAUGUUCCUAAAGUUGGUAAUUGAGUAUUCAUCACGGUCAAGCGGCAUACCAGAUUUUUGAAUUGGAUGCCAGGCUUGUGAAACACCUAGUGAAGGCAGCAAGAGCAGAGGACUACCCAAGCUGAACCAGCCAAGGCUGUUUCAGCUUAUUGCUGCUGCAUCCGGCAAACUGAAAGUCAAACGGGAGGAGCAAAGGUGCGUGUUAUGUUAUUAAACCAGAACCCAUUGAAGGAAAUUAGCUAGCGGUUCAAAGUGACCAUGAGUUAAUUCACUCCCUUAAGCAGGGCUGGGGAAUUUAUGCACAGUUGGCAUAUUUUGUAACCGAGAAUAAGUUGAGUUGGUAGAGGUAAUAAUAAUUACACACAGGAAAAAAUGGGCGGGUAAUUUGUAUUUAAGGAGGUGCAGCGAAGUAGUGUUUAGACUGAAGCGCGAGUUUCUGAUUUUGUUAGGGACUUUUUAGAGCUGAACUAGGCAAAAUCUAUCCCACAAAAUUUCUAGUGGCAAAAAAUGCAGCUUAGACUA